AUGGAAGUUCAUUCUCACCCGGUACAGCAUGGAGUGAACGAGGAGAAUGUACAGACUCGUGACUCCGCUAAUCAGGAACUGCUUCCGGACUCUCCUGAGGCUACGAAUGCGGGUGCACAAGCAGGUACUAAGGAGAAUGCACACUCACCUCCCAACGACGUCCAAGACGAUGUCAGCAUUUCGAGUGAACACCUUAUGGAUGCAAGGGUGUUGCAACCAGUUGAUUUCAAAAAACCUGAGCACUACCCACACUUCUUUGAAGCUUGCAAAGAAAAGGGACCCAAGUACGCCCGAGUGGCAGCACUUUACACGGAGACCCUCGAAAAUCGCGUUGGCGUGCUAGAAAAAGAGUUACUAGAAUUACAUUAUGAGGUCGGUUCCAAGGAGAGACCCUAUGAGAAAAGGCAAGUCAUGCACAACAUUGUGAUCCCUAGCAAUGGCGAUAAAGCAACUCUCGACUCACCGUGUGCCGACCCGUUGCCUCUGAAAGUCAUGCAAUUAAGCUUGAACUAUUGGAAGAAUGGUCGGCAAUAUACGAAAUGGGACAAAGCUUCUAUUUUCUUGGCUACUACUACGGAAACGUCCUCUUCUCAGCUUGAAUUUACUCACUCCAGCACUCACAGCCAAGGAACGAGUCAUCGACUUACCGACAAAAGGAUGAAUUACGACAAGAAAGGCGACGUAGCGGACACUCAACGUUCAGGGCUCUCGGAUAUCGCAAGGCUCACAUUCAGAUCUCCGUGGCCAUUGAUAUUGAUAGAGCUAUUGAGCGGCGAACAUAUUCGCCCAUCCGAAACGUGGAUCUACCCUUUUAAGCACAUCAUUGCUUACGAGAAACAAAUCCGAAAAUGUGUGGAACUACUGAACGAAAUUAACGUAGAUGAUGUUGAGGCACAGACCUUGCCUCAUAAUCUGAACAAGAUUGUUAGUGAGGUAGUCAGAAUUUUGGGUCCGAAGAGAGACGACGUCGAAUAUUCGGAUGACUACGUCUCCAAUGUCUUGCAGAAAAGUAACGCUCUCAACAAUCAUUAUCUGAAGGUAGAACAAAGCUCGCCAAAAGACAAGGAAGAGGAGCUCGAAGACAAUUCUGAAGCGGAAUCCGGUAUGUCCAGCGUGUCUCCAGUUGAUGACACGAAUACCCAGAUCUCGGAGCGAUCAAAUCUGUCACCAGACGCGAAACCGAUCCCAGAGGAAGUUCCCUAUGUGUGCACAUGCCUUAGAGAUGCCAGAGACCACCUGGAGCUGCUUGUCAACACGAUCGAUUCGCGUUUGGGGUCACUGCUGACACUGCGUAAGGCCAUUCGUGACCGAGCAAUCUCAAAUCUUAGAUUUGAGCACCUCUGGCAUCUUUUUCAGCCGGGCGACCUCGUGGUGACUUCUAGGCAGCCUCACCAAGCCUACCGUGUUAUUCACGUCAGUGGGGGUCGGCCAUUAUUGACGACUACUGACAUUGCACGUGGAGAUAAAGAUGCUGAAACAAGACGAACUGGACCUUCCGCUGAAAUCUUCCGCCGGCAGUCCCAGGUAUCGCUUUUCAACAUCGACUGUGUCAGAUUUGAUUUCGAUGGCGAGAAGUUUGGUCCUGUACAGGAGACUAUUAGUAUACUCGAGUAUGAGGGAGAUAGGAUGAUCACGAAACUCGAUGUGUAUCCCAUGAGCUACGCAGAAAAGGAGGAAGAACUUGCAAAGACACUACUCGAUCGAGGUCGACGCUUUGCUGAAUACCGUGAAUUUAAGCACAAAAGAUACGAAGGGUUGAGCCUCGGUGAGCCGGAGGAAGAGAUAGGACUUAAAGGAGCGACGAGAGCCGACGAAAGGGAGGUGUACGAGGAUCGUUGCGCAUCAGACGAAGACCAGUGCCUGAAAGUGGAUCACAACAGUCUUGUUGAUGACACAAAAUUUGACAAGCUGCAAAUGGAUAGAUUCCUCAACGUCGAGUCACAUGGAAUGUUCCUUGAAUCCCGUGGUGUUUCUCAGGUCUUGAGCGAAGACCAAAUGAUUCUUUUGCCGUAUCGUGUACAAGGCUUCUCUUUGCGAAGCCGCAAAUGGGUCCCACUGAACAUCGACCUUCUUCAAGACAUCAAGGAAAAUGAUGCUUUUGAGGGCCAGAAUGCGGGUUUCGAUGAUUUGGUCAUACCAAAUGAGUAUAAAAGGAUAGUGAAAGCUUUGGUCAAAAGUCAUGCGCUCGGCUCACGGCCCGUUGAGCACGGGGUUACACAUAGACAGCAAAUCGAUCUAGUCCGUGGAAAAGGCAAAGGCUUGAUUAUGCUACUCCAUGGCGUCCCUGGAGUCGGAAAGACAUCGACGGCGGAAAGUGUGGCAUCUUACACUGGAAGACCAUUGUUUCCUAUCACAUGCGGCGAUAUUGGACAGACUGCUUAUGACGUAGAGAAAAACCUUGAGGGUAUAUUCCUUCUAGCCCGCAGGUGGGGAUGCGUGCUCUUACUGGACGAAGCGGAUGUUUUUCUCGCGAAGCGAGAACGGGGCGGGGACAACAUUGAUCGGAACGCCCUCGUUUCCGUCUUCCUGCGCACUCUCGAGUACUACUCCGGCAUACUGUUCCUGACUACCAACCGAAUCGGCUCUUUCGACGAAGCCUUUAAGAGUCGCAUACAUAUCUCCUUGUACUAUGCCCCACUCGACGAAAGCCAGACGUUUGAAGUCUGGGCAAUGAAUCUGAACCGGCUGAGCAAGUCAAAUCGCGAUAUUUACGUCGACAGAUCUGAGAUUGAAGCUUUCGCCAGAAGCCACUGGAAAGAUGGCAAGCGAUGGAAUGGCCGUCAGAUUCGCAAUGCUUUCCAGACAGCCGUUGCACUGGCGGAGUACGAAUUCCAAGAAAAAUGUCAAAAAUGCGAAAAGACAGGCGACAAGCCACCAUUCAGGCCGGCGCUUGAAGACCGGCACUUUCAGGCGGUGGCUAAAACGAGCGCAGAAUUCGACGACUACCUCCAGAGCGUCAUGGGUGGCCAGACUCAUGAACAAAAGGCGCAGAUCUCUGAGAUGCGAAGCGAUACAUACAACCCUGAGCGGGGCACAGACACCCUGUCGGGCAAGAAGCAUGGCUAUCAGCGAGCGGUGAGGCCCAGUCGCUCGAGCGAGCAAGCCCCUAGCCGCGACAGCGACGCUUUCACAAAGCAAACGGUGACUCCGCCGGUCACCCCCCAGCUUUCGAAUACUAUAUCCGUAGGAGAGAGUGCGGCGCUGGACGAAGAGGAAGAAUAUAGGCAGUAUAAAGCUGAGCUGGAAAAGAAAAAACAGACGGAGAAAAUGGAGCGGUUCAGGAAAAUGCAUGAGAUGGAACAAAAGGGUAAAUAG